CCCUGCUUUGCUUCUGAAGCAGCACUCCUGUCUGCUUCUCCAGACUGGGGGUCUAUUGGUAAAACACAUACUAUGGAUAAGUACCUCAUACAACCUGACUUUAAAAAAAUCCAAACUUUCCCUUAAGAUUUGCAAAAAUGUCUUUAAAUAUUAUGCAGAAUGCAAAGGUAUGAGAUAAAAUACUGUCAUUGUUGUAUUGUUGUUUAAAACUCACCUCCAUGAAAACCUAUCCUUGUCUUUCAGCAUCUUACUUGAUGAAGCUGGACAUAUAAAGUUAACAGACUUUGGCUUGAGUAAAGAGUCAGUAGAUGCUGAUAAGAAGGCUUAUUCCUUCUGUGGUACGGUGGAGUAUAUGGCCCCUGAGGUGGUCAACCGGAGAGGACACACGCAAAGUGCGGACUGGUGGUCUCUGGGAGUACUUAUGUUUGAAAUGCUAACGGGGACAUUGCCGUUCCAAGGGAAAGACCGCAAUGAGACCAUGAACAUGAUUCUCAAAGCUAAGUUGGGAAUGCCUCAGUUCCUAAGUUUGGAAGCCCAGAGUUUGCUGAGAAUGCUGUUUAAACGUAACCCCGCUAACAGACUAGGGGCCGGGCCCGACGGAGUGGAGGAGAUCAAACGCCACGCUUUCUUUUCCACCAUCGACUGGAAUGUGAGCGCAC